CAUCGUUGUACCAUUACCAUCCUCGCCGUCGUCGCCUGCGUCUUCCUCACCAUCUUUCACGACAGCGACUGACUUCCCAUGGCGGAUCGCCCUCCCCUUCCCUCUGUCUCACACGAAGGCGCACACUACGGCGACCCGUUCGCGGACAGGCCGCGACAGCUACAAUUCCAAGAUGCUGAGCCCCAACCAUACGACAGCCAAGUUUCUCUCGCACAAGACUUUGGUGGUCGAGGAGUCAACUAUUCAGACGAGGAUCUCGUCGAAAAGCUUCCAUUGACUUCUGGGGAAGGGUUUUCUGGUGGCUUCUAUCCUCCUGGGCCCAUUGACCCAGCAGCCUAUGGAGAUCCCUACGCUAGACCGAUGUCCAGCGUCUCCUCCGUUUCGAACGGUGUAGACAGCGCCUGGCGUCGUCGCCAAACCAUUAAACGUGGUGUCACCAAGAAGGUCAAGUUGACGAAGGGCAAUUUCAUCACCGAGUACCCUGUGCCCACCCCGGUCUACAGCGCCAUCGAGGCCAAAUGGACAGCUGGCGUCAAGACGACAGAGUUCUCUCAUAUGCGCUACAGUGCAGCUACCUGUGACCCCGACGAGUUUUCGGAGGCUACCGGCUGGUCCUUGCGCACGAAGAUGUAUAAUCGGGAGACCGAGCUCCUCAUUGCCAUCACCUCGUACAACGAGGACAAGACACUCUACGCGCGCACCUUGCACGGUGUCAUGUUGAAUAUCCGUGACAUCUGCAAGACCAAGCAGUCCAAGUACUGGCGGCGCAGCGCAGAGGAAGGUGUUCCUGGCUGGCAGAGAAUCACCGUUGCCCUUAUUGUUGAUGGUUUGGAGGCAAUGGACAAAACUGUCUUGGACCUUCUCGCAACUGUCGGUGUUUAUCAGGACGGUGUCAUGAAGAAACAGGUUGAUGGCAAGGAUACCGUCGCUCACAUCUUUGAGUACACCACCCAAAUCUCAGUGGAUGCUUCUCCACAAUUAGUUAUCCCACAUGGUGAUGAUCCUAACAACUUGGUUCCCGUUCAAAUCAUCUUCGUCUUGAAGGCGAAGAACCAGAAAAAGAUCAAUUCUCACAGGUGGCUCUUCAAUGCCAUUGGCAAGAUGUUACAGCCGGAAAUCUGCGUCUUGAUUGACGCUGGAACAAAACCAGGACACAAGUCUAUCUACUACCUAUGGGAGGCCUUCUACAACGACGUCAAUCUUGGUGGCUGCUGUGGUGAAAUCUAUGCCAUGAUCGACAAGGGCAAGAAGCUCCUGAACCCAUUAGUCGCUGCUCAGAAUUUUGAGUACAAGAUGUCAAACAUAUUGGACAAGCCUCUCGAGAGUAGUUUUGGCUAUGUCUCGGUAUUGCCUGGUGCCUUCUCUGCCUACCGAUUCCGUGCUAUCCUUGGUCGUCCUCUCGAGCAGUACUUCCACGGCGAUCACUCGCUGGCGGACCGUCUUGGCUCUAAGGGUAUCUAUGGCAUGAACAUCUUCACCAAGAACAUGUUCUUGGCUGAGGAUCGUAUCCUCUGUUUCGAGCUUGUCGCUAAGGCCGGGGCUAGAUGGACCUUGACAUAUGUCAAGCCCUCGAAAGCUGAGACCGAUGUGCCCGAAAGUGCUGCUGAGCUGAUUGGUCAGCGUCGUCGAUGGCUGAACGGUUCCUUCGCCGCCUCUGUUUACGCUCUCGUUCAUUUCUUCCGAUUCUACAAGUCAGGCCAUGGCAUCAUUCGGAUGUUCUUCUUCCAUGUACAGGCUCUUUAUAACAUCUUUUCGCUCAUUUUCUCAUGGUUUGCUCUGGCAAAUAUCUGGCUUACGUUCAGCAUCAUCAUCGAGCUCUUGCCAUCACAAGGUAUCGUUAUUUUCGGUGGCAACAACAGCACCGGUCUAGAGAUCACUCAUUGGGUAAACCUGGCAUUCAAAUGGCUAUAUCUUGCUUUCCUGGCCCUACAGUUCGUGUUAGCACUGGGUAAUCGACCAAAAGGAGAAAAGAUGGCGUAUACUAUCACUCUAUACGUUUAUGCCCUUUUAUCAGUGUAUCUCUUAGUAUGUUCGUGGGCUUUAACCAUCAAGGCAUUCAUCAAUAUACCGAGCGAGUUGAAGAAUAAGACAACGGCCCAAGUAAUCGAGACAUUUUUCACCCCGCCAGUCGGUGCUUUGAUCGCCGCCAUGGUGUCGACAUUUGGUAUCUACCUCUUUGCAUCGUUCCUCUAUCGUGACCCGUGGCACAUGUUCUCAAGUUUCUUCCAAUACUUGUGCCUGGCUCCUAGCUUCACCAACGUCCUCAAUGUCUAUGCGUUCUGCAACUUGCACGACGUGUCAUGGGGCACCAAGGGGAGCGAUAAGGCUGAAGCGUUGCCGUCGGUUUCGUCUUCCAAAGCAAAGGAUGCCGAUGCGCAGGUAAUAGAAGAUACGGAGCGUGUUCAGGAAGAUCUCGACGCCAUCUUCAAAGAGACUGUCACGCGUGCGGUGUCGAAACUUGAGGUUAAGGAUGAGGUUGAAAAGCCAACAAUGGACGAUCAAAACAAGACUUUCCGUACGCGCUUGGUCGCAUUCUGGAUGCUCUCGAACGCGGCGCUGGCCGUAGCCAUUGAGAACAUCAAUGGUCUUACGGACGACACAGACACAACGACAGAUGAGCAAGAGCUGCGUACCAAGCAAAAUAUCUACUUCGCUGUCAUCCUUUAUUCCACCUUCGCUCUCUCCGUCGUCCGGUUCGCUGGGUGCCUUUUCUACUUCUUCAAGCGCAACUUAUUCCGCUGCUGCCGAAGAUCUUAACCGGACGUUCUUACUCCACGCGCUAUGACUUACAGAUUUAACUUUUCCUUCCCUGCAUUGUUCCCGAUCCAGAGGACGUUUUAGGUAACGAUAUAACUUUACGUGACGGCAUCAUCUAUACCAUUGAUACACAUGAAUACCCACCCCUUGUAGGGGAAAGGGUUACUGCAUAAUGAUUUACUUCUCUGUCUUGAUGCCUUGAUGUCUUGCUAGUCGCAGAAGUUACUGGUUCCAAUGUUCAAUCCAAACAUCUGUUCAUGAAUACAUCCCUGCAAACUCAUGCC